GAGAAAUCUGUGAAAGAGAACUGCAAUGAGUUCAAGGAGAUUAUAAUGAGAUGGUUUGAGGUCGAUGAUGAUUAUGAUCUGCUGACAGAUCUGGUUACAGAAGUUGAUGAGAAAAGGUACUUGUUCGUGUCCAAGAACUCGAUCGAUGAGAAAUCCGUGGAAGAGAACUACAAUGAGUUCAAGGAGAUUAUAAUGAGAUGGUUUGAGGUCGAUGAUGAUUAUGAUCUGCUAACAGAUCUGGUUAUGGAAAUUGAUGAGAAAAGAGAAAAGAAAAAUACUGUAAAGAAACAAUUAGGAAUAUACGAUGUUACGAGAGCCAAGGAACUCAAAAUCUUAUUGACAAAUCCUGAGCAUGCCAAAGUAAAAAUUGAUGAUUUUAUUGAAGAUCUAAAAUCUCAAAGAGUCGAGUUUAAAAGCAGCGAAUCAUCGACAGAAGAAAUAAAUGAUGGGAUCAGAAA